AUGUCCACCCCCUUAAUAGGCCUUCCACCGGAGCUUCUUCGGCUGAUUGCAGGCAAUCUUAGCGAGGAUCACCCGCCGAGUCUGAGUUCCUUUGCCCGUGCCAACCGGCGUUGCUACUCUGCUGCCGCUCCGUUUCUGUUCCACACAGGACACAUCACCACGCAUCGCAGCCAGGAUCUGCACCAAUCUGUCGAGAAAUACUCCCAGAAAUUACAACGAAAUGCCAGUACUGAUUACGUUCGCUGUUUGGUCAUCGACGGCGAACUGACCGACUGCGACCCGAAGGAUGUGGAUCCGGUAUCCCUCCCCCACAUCGCGCGACCCCAAGGCUUACGAGCCACACUCGACAGCCCUAUUUCAUUACAUGGUUCACUAGACGAGUAUGACGAUGCGGCCGGCGUCGCCGUCUCACAGACGCCCGAGCAAAUCGCCAAAACCAACCCUGCCUGGCAGCCCGUGGCCGAUCUGAUACAGCAGCUGCCCUUGCUGUCGGAUUUGAUAUUUGCCUGCCACACCCAGUUCCCGCCGUGUCUGCUCGACGCGCUGCACGAGCACCGUCCCACGUGCAGACUGCAUCUCAAUGCGUUUGGCUUGCGCAGCUUGAAUUCCUACACCACUGGUCCCUACGAGUUCCAGUUGGUGACCUCGCCGUCUCUGUACAGUAUCCGCGUCCACUAUGUCGACGAGGAUGACGAUCACCACCCAGACGCCGUCCGCCGCAUAGUGGCCGCCCUGGCCCCGAAUCUGCGCGAAGUGAUCAUGAACCGCAUGCUGGGUGGCGCGCGUAUCGGUGCGUCGGCAGCCGAAACCCCGUGGCCCGGCUUCACUCAGGAUACAGCAUUCGCCCGUGAAAGAAAUCUUGACCACCCUCCCCGCGGCGCCUUGCGCUGUCUCCGGUUGUUCGACUGGAUGCUUCUUAGCAGGGACGUCUUAGAGCAAUGGGAGAGCUGCACGGACUUUUGCGUGCUGCAGGUCCUCAAACUUGAAACCAUCGUCAAGAAAGACGCCCUGGAGUACCUGGCAACAGAGGUCCCAGCGCCUUUUGCAACACCUCCCCCGCUAUCCUCUCUCCACCUCAAGGGCUGGCACCCAGACCUCUCAAUCGCAUCGAUAGUCGAACACCACGGCCCACACCUCCACGAGCUCUCACUAACCCCAUGCCCAGGCACAUCCCUCACACAAUCGGACCUCAACCAUCUCGCCAGCGACUGCCCCCGCCUCCAAAAGUUGAGCAUUACCCUCCGGCGCAGUCUAGGCGACGUCGCCGAAGUAUCCCGCUACAAGACCCUCGGCUCCACACCCCACCUCCAACACAUCUCUCUAGCCCUCGACGCCUCAGACCAGACCGUAUCAGCCGAGUCCGCCGCCGCAAUGGACGCAGACGAUGAGCCGCUCCCGCUCCCGAACAGAUCUGCCUUCGACGCCUUCGAUCACCAGAUCUGUGAGAUUGAUGUCGGCUCGUAUUGCGAGCCGCGGAAUGGACAUAUCCGCGAGACGCUGGUUAAUGCCGCGCUGGAUGGGGAGCUGGCGCGGUCGACUUUUAGGGCGAUUGCUUCGGGUAAACAUCAACGUUCUGUUUCUUCUGCUGCUUCUGGGUCUGCGUCUUGGCCGCUGCAGACUCUGUCCGUGCGUAUUACGGGGGCUGGAGAGUUUGGGGAUGAACACCAGCCUCGCCCGUUUCAUCGCGUGCUUUGGGGUCUUACUCGGCCGUGGCGCGUGGAGCGGAAUCCGCGGGAUGAUUGCGAUGAUCUUCUCGUGUUGCCUGUCCCCUCUUCGCCUCAUUGGAUGAGUGCUCCUGCUGUUCUCCCAAAGGACCUUGUUCCUGUCUGGAGGCGGGUUUGGUCCUUGCCGGAUGCUGGGAAAUGGGGGGAUAGUUGGCAUGCGUUGCCGCUUGCAGAAGUCUAG